AUGGCCGUCAAUGUAACCGUGACCGUAAGGGAAGCGUUUGAAAACCACGUCAAGGUCGUCGAAAGCCCGAACACGCCAGGAAAUGUGCUUUCGGCGUCAGAGGACUCGUUCUACGUCGCUGACCUGGGUGAUGUUGUCCGGAAGUGGACUGUGUGGAUAGAAGCUCUUCCCGAUGUUACACCCUUCUUCGCCGUGAAAAGUAGCAACGAUGGACGGUUAAUCCAGACCCUGGCCUCCUGCGGCGCCGGGUUCGACUGCGCGUCGAUCGAGGAGAUUGAGCUGAUCCUGUCCAUGGGCAUCUGCGCGGAACGAAUCAUUUUCACUCACCCAUGCAAGCCUUUCGCGUCCCUAGGUCUGUGCCGUAACCUCGGUGUGUCCGUCAUCACCUUCGAUAACGAAUGUGAGCUUCGCAAGCUUAAGGACCACUAUCCCGAAGCGAACGUGGUCCUCCGCAUCUUUGCCGACGACCCUACCGACGCCGACCCUUUAGGCACUAAGUUUGGUGCUUCUCGCCACGACUUCCUGAGACUUAUUCGCCUCGCCAAGGAGCUCGGGCUAGCAUUUGCAGGUGUUAGCUUCCAUGCAGCUCCGAGUGUAGCCCUCGACCCGGCGGCAUAUGUUCGUGGCAUCGGGGAAGCGGCAGAAGCCUUUACCAUGGCCCGAGAGCUAGGCCUGAACCCGACCAUCCUCGAUAUUGGUGGCGGUUACACGGAUGUCACCUUUCCCAAGAUCGCAGCGGCUGUGCGACCCGCCGUUGAAGCAUGCUUCCGUGGAGAAGGAAAUCGGGGUCUACGCAUCAUAGCCGAACCGGGUACCCUAUUUUCAAGCAGCCCCUUCUACCUGGCCGCUAAGGUCAUCGGGCAGAGGAAGAAUGCCACGGCAAUUGGCCGGGAGGCACCCAUGCGAGUUUACAUCAACGACGGCAUAUACAGCAGCUUUAUGAUGCACUUCAUCGUUAACACGGACUAUUAUCCAAUCGCCAUAAUCCACAAGGGUACAUGGCACGGGCAAGAGCAAGACACCCGCAAGACGUCCUCGGGCUUUGAGUGCUCCAUCUGGGGGCGAAGCUGCGACUCCAACGACUGCAUCAAUAGAAAGUGCGUACUCGAUCGAAAGGUUGAAAUCGGGGAUUGGCUCGUCUUCAAGGAUAUGGGGGCUUACUCGGCCGUAUGCAAUACGACCUUCAACGGGUUUACCAGUUCAAACCAUACAAUCUACCUUGAACCAUCUUUCGACAAGAAAGCAACCUCCUCGUUCAAGCCGUUAGGGAUCUAA